AUGGAAACUAAUAUCCAGCUCAUGAGAGUUAUCCAGGAAAUGCGGGCAGAGAUGAACAAACUGGAGAAAGAGAAUCAAGCCCUCCGGAUGAAACUGAUUUCAAGGAGUCCAAAAGUCUCAGGCUCAGGGGGAGAAACAGGGGAUGAAAGGGAAGAGAAAGCACAUGGACAAUCUCCAGCAACCCCUCAUGGUGUGGUUUCCAUUGAAGCAGAACCAGCUAUGCCAGCACACCAAGACAAUGUCAUGAUUGUUAGACGCUAUUCCGUUUCUUCAUCUGGUCAUUCACUUGCUGUGAAUGAUCCCUGGAAAGCUGAGAAACUACAUCCACAUUGCAGAAUUCUCACUGCUCAAGGGACAGUUAAAUCACUAGCAUGCCCUUCAACUAAGAAGCAAGAUAACGAAGGCAAGAUGUUUACAGGAGAGUCUUUUGUCAGCAAUAGCUCCAGCCAAAGAAUUUCUCCUGAACACGUUUCUGGUUACAGACUGGAGCAACUUCCAAAGGUUUCAAUUAACUCUGAGAUCUAUUUCUCAUCAGUUGCAUUCCAAUCACAAAGGACCUCCUCGACUGUCAAUCACAGGGCUGUGAACUGCAGAAGAAACCUUGAUGAAGUUGCAACUACCCUUGCAAAGAUUUCCAACCUAAUUUCUACCCAGAUUGCCUUAUGUCAGUGA